AUGUCUUCCGAAUCGAUCGAUUUUUCGAUGGUAUCUCGCCUCCUCCAGGAAAUUCAAAAGUUGAAAGAUGAAGCGAAAGACAGUACUGAAGCUCUAAACACUCAGAAUUCUAAGCUCCUCAAGGAAAAUGAAAAAUUGAAGGAGGAAAAGAAUAUUCAAGAGGAGCUCGCAAAAAAAUUCAAGAUAUACGCCACUUUGCUUGAGAGCAUGCUCGACAAUGCACGGGAGGAACAGAACACCGAAUCUUCUCAAGUGAACGAUCCCACACUGGAAGAGAUGCGAGAAACAGUGAACCGCCUCCAACGUGAAAAAGACGAUCUCAAUGAUAUGAUGGACGAGUUCAAGGCGAUGUGGAAGAAGGAUUCGAAAGAUUUCCUAGAGACACUGAAGAUUGUGAGGAAGGAAGAGGCAGACAUGAAGGCGAAAUUUGAUCGACAAGAACAGCGUCAUAUCAGGGACCAAGGCUUGAUCCAUGAAGCCUAUGGAAAGAUGCAAUUGGUAGAGAACGCUCGUAGGAUUACGUUGGAUGCAAAUGUUCAUAUGGAACAAGAGCUAAGAAGGAAUGUUGCAGAAGUAGACGUAUGCAAGAAACAGAUUGAGGAACUUUCCAAAGAGAAGGCUGCAUUGGAUUCCAAACUGAAACAACAAGAAUCUUGGAUGCAGACACAAUCUGCUGAGCUUUCUACAGCUCUUGCUGAAAUGUUCAAAAGUAGGGAGAUAGCAGCUCGUCAAAUUAAGGAUUUAAAGGAGAACUAUCAGCUGUUACAAAAUUCUCACGCACAAGAAUUGGCAGCAGUCAAGAAGCAAAAAGAAGAGGACAAAGAGUAUUUUGAGAAUGAAAAAGCUUAUUUGUCCGACAGGAUGAAUAAAGCCAUCUAUGAAGUAGAGGUACUUCAGAAUAAGGCAACCUGGCUCGAGGCAUCACUAAAAACGACCACAGAAAACAGCGCAGAGGCGACACGAAAGUUCUUGGCCAUCGAAAAAGAUUUGAACGAACAGCUGAAGGAAAUCGAAGAAAGGUUGGAGAAAAAAUCGAGAGAAUAUGAAGAAGCUUGCGAUGAUGUUAAAAGAUCCAAAUCAGUUAUUAGCGAAUGUCAAGUGAAUUUUGCUUCCACGCAUAAUGCCUUGGCUCUGAAGCACUUGAAACUUGAAGAAAAGGAAGCUGAGAUGUCGCAGAUUCGUGAACAACUAGGAGCUACACUCCGAAACUGCUUAGACGAGAAGGAAAAAUUGGAACAGAAGCAUCAGGAUACCAUUGCCGCAGUCCAACAGCGUUUCGUUUACCAAAUCGAAGAAAUCAAGCACAACAACAUGUUGGCUAUCAAUCAGGAGAUGAUCAAGGCUCAGAUGGCACUGGAUUCCGAAAAGAAGAAGAACGCUCUUGAGAACGACGCUAAUCAAAAAAAAAUGGAGAAAAUGGCAGCCGAAAUCGAGCGAGCACAGAGAGAGCUGAGAGCUUCGACGGCAAAAAUAAAUGUUCUCACCAAAGACGUUAUCUCGCUCAGUAACGACAACGACCGAAUUGAAACAGAAUGCGCACACCUCAAGGACGACCAGGUUAUCAAUCGUACCAAAAUCUCUUCAUUGAAGACGUAUAUCGGAAAACUGGAGACAGCAGCUUUCGAAGCAGAGGAGAAACACCAAAGUGAGAUGAAUGAGCUGAGGGAUGCAACCAGAAGUCUCAUGGAGAACAUGGGAGUUGAAGAAUUGGAUGAAUGUAAUGAUAAUGAUUCAACUGUCGUCACCCAAGAAAAAACAGAGUCAGCAGAGUGGGAAUUGGUUGACGAAGAGUGA